AUGGGCUCCUAUAAAUCCUGCCAAGCUGGCAGUUACAGCUCAACAGACAGCUCAUGCUCAAAAAGCACGGCCGCAACAAUUCACAGCGACAGAAUAGCCCCCAAACCACACGAAAGUGACUGGGCCGCCAGCCCAGCCAACCAAAAACACACAUCCAGAUCGGGGGCCGAAGUCACGUACGAGUGCCGCGAGCCCCAUCCCCGCUCCUCAACCUCAACCUACGCCUCAACAACAUACUCCGCAGCUGAGCUCGACCAGGAACCCCAACCAAUCGAGCCCGCAAGCCCCCACGAAGGCCGCUAUUGUGUAAACGAGCGGCAAGAAUUCUACCCACUUGAUGCAAUCCCCUCAACGCCUUCAUCCUUUGCGCCGCUCUUCCCCUCCUCGCGGCGACUGCUCAUCCGCCACGACGAUGCAACUAUUGACGGCAACAUGAACUUGCGCGUCGACACGCCCGUCCACCUCCGUGACGGCUCCCAGCGCGACGUCAUCCUCUUCCACUUGCGCAUGAAUGACCUCUUCUCGCGUAAGUUCUCGUUCCGGCGGUACUGUCGGGACUCGGGGCGCGAGGUGUGUAAUUCUGCAAGACGGGAGGUCGUGCCUGCUCAUGAGAGAAGGUCUGCGCUGCCAACCUCAUGGAGCAAUAUUUUUGCUGGAUUUAGGCCGGGUUCUGCUGCUGGUCACUCUCCACCAAAUGGGGAGCUUAAGAGGCAGCAUUCAAGGCUUGAGGCUGGUUGUGGACAUGGACAUGGGAAUGACUAUGAUGUGAGAGAAGAAGUAAAUAAGGGGAUGAUUGAGGAGAAUAAGUUGGAGAAGGAGAAGGAAGGACUGAGCGCUUUGCCGAUACUGGGUGAGUCGAUUUUGCUCGAAUUCUCAAAUUAUGCGCAUGUCGAGCUGCGACGCAAAGGGCCUGGCUCGAUUAAAAAAUACGAGUUCGAGUAUUGGUCCACGAAGUACCAGUGGCGGAGGGAGGUCCGCAAAGAGGGUGAUCUGCAUGAAGUGUCUUAUUUCUUGAUUGACACGCGCACUUCUAAGACUAUUGCUCAUUUGGUACCGGAUACGCUAGCGCCGCUGGAGGUUGUUGAAGAGGAAAGUAAGGGGGGUUGGGUGCCACCUUCUUCAUUGUGGAUCAGUGAUCCUGAAGUCUACAAGACAAUGCCUGAUGUUGCCGAUGUGAUUGUUGCAACAGGGAUAGUCGCGCUAGUUGACGACUGCAUUCGUCGUCGCUGGCAUCACGAGCGGCGUCCAUCCUGGAUCCUGCCCGCUCAGCACUCGCUAGUAAAGAGCCUGGAGCGCAUGGGCCCUCGGCGCCUGAUCGGUCAGGUUUUACAGCGGAGAGGAUCCGCCUAA